GCCUCCGAGGCCUGCUCGGUCCCCGCCCCAGCCCGCCCCUCGCUGCGCCCCGGCUGCUUCUGCCGUGCAAGGCUCCAUGUUGUCGCCUGAGCGCGCGGUCGCGGCAGCUUCGGGAGGAGCAGGUGAUGCGAUGGAGAGUGGGAAGCCUGGCCCGGUGCAGGUGGUUUUGGUUCACAAGGACCAGCAUUCCUUUGAGCUAGAAGAGAAAGCCCUGGCCAGCAUCCUCCUGCAGGACCAUAUCCGGGACCUGGACGUGGUGGUGGUGUCGGUGGCCGGGGCCUUCCGGAAGGGCAAAUCCUUCUUUCUGGACUUUAUGCUCCGAUACUUAUAUUCCCAGAAGGAAGGUGGCCAUUCCAAUUGGCUGGGUGACCCCGAGGAGCCAUUGACAGGAUUUUCAUGGCGAGGAGGCUCCGACCCGGAGACCACUGGGAUUCAGAUCUGGAGCGAAGUUUUCACUGUGGAGAAGCCAGAUGGGAAGAAGGUUGCAGUUAUUCUUAUGGAUACUCAGGGGGCGUUUGACAGCCAGUCCACGGUGAAAGAUUGCGCCACAAUCUUCGCUCUGAGCACUAUGACCAGCUCUGUUCAGGUUUAUAAUCUGUCCCAGAACAUUCAAGAAGAUGAUCUUCAACAGCUACAGCUCUUCACGGAAUACGGACGUCUGGCAAUGGAUGAAAUUUUCCAGAAACCCUUCCAGACACUGAUGUUUUUGGUUCGAGAUUGGAGUUUUCCUUACGAGUACAGCUACGGACUCCAGGGAGGAAUGGCAUUUUUGGAAAAACGUCUGCAGGUGAAAGAACAUCAACACCAAGAAAUCCAGAGCGUCCGGAACCACAUUCACUCGUGUUUCUCCAGCGUCACCUGCUUCCUGCUGCCACAUCCAGGGCUGCGGGUGGCCACAAGCCCCGAAUUCGAUGGGAAGUUGAAAGAUGUCUCCGGUGAUUUCAAGGAGCAGUUACAGAUGCUGGUGCCGUUCCUGUUAAACCCGGCUAACCUAAUGGAAAAGGAGAUCAAUGGCUCCAAAGUCACCUGUCGAGGGCUGUUAGAGUAUUUCAAGGCGUAUAUUAAGAUUUACCAAGGAGAAGACCUUCCUCACCCCAAGUCCAUGCUGCAGGCCACUGCAGAAGCCAACAACUUAGCAGCCGCCGCCUCUGCCAAGGACAUCUACCAUAAAAGUAUGGAGGAGGUGUGUGGAGGCGAGAAACCGUACUUGUCUCCAGAAAUUCUGGAGGCGAAGCACAACGAGUUCCGCCAGCUCGCUCUGGAUCAUUUCAAGAAGACCAAGAAGAUGGGCGGGAAGGACUUCAGCCUCCGCUACCAGGAGGAGCUGGAGCAGGACAUCCUGGAGUUCUACCAGAACUUCUGCAAACACAACAGCAGCAAGAACGUCUUCAGCACCUUCCGGACCCCCGCCGUGCUCUUCACAGGCAUCAUGGUCCUGUACAUCGGCUCGGGCAUCACCGGCUUCAUCGGCCUGGAGGUGCUGGCGCAGCUGUUCAACUGCCUGGUGGGUCUGCUGCUCAUCGCGCUGCUCACCUGGGGCUACAUCAGGUACUCGGGCCACUACCGCGAGCUGGGCGGCGCCAUCGACUCCGGGGCUGCCUACGUGUUGGAGCAGGCCACUUCUCACAUGGGCAACUCUACUCAGGCUGCCGUGAGAGAGACGGUCGUCGGGAAACCACCUAUGGACAAAAAGGCUCAGUAACGUCUUUCACAAGAGGAUCCCUCCGGAACCCAACUAGCCCCUACUGAUUUCUGGGUCUCUGCCAUGGCCAUAGGCCGGCACCCAGGGGAGCGGAUCUGGGUCCCCUGGGAGAGCUGAAACACGCACUGUGAAAGGAACAGACUCUCGCCUGAUCCUUGGUGGAGACCCAGCUCGCAUCUUUGUCCUUACUGCUCUGCUGUGUGCACUUUAGGGGGGAAGCCCGCGGGAGAGUGGGGGGCGAUCCGGUCCUCACGCGCCUCCGAGUGCCUUUCAGAUGGGAUUCGGGCUUUCGCACACCCAGUGUGGGGGUUUGAGACCCUCAUGAAUGAUUCUGCGUAGGGGUGAAAUCGCUCCGUUCUCUUACACCUUUCUCUUUUGAGAAGAAAGUCUUUUCCUUUGAACAAACCUUCUAAAAGCCUAGAACUAAAGACCGAGAAAUGACACCAUGACACUUUAAAAAUCUUCCCCACGCUUGCCACGUGAUGUGGAAAAAUCAUGUCUUACCGAACUCCGUUUCUUACCUUGAAACUCAAGGUCUUUGACACGCUCUUGUUGAUUUUGGUUUUUUCCCCUCCUCCUGCCUUUGUUUCUACAGCUUCUUCCUAAGAAAGAGGCUGACAUGCCUUGAAAAGCCAGAGUGGCUGAAAAUGAAAGGGUGGGGUCGGAGACACUAAGAAAAAAAGAGUUUAAGUGACCUCUGAUAAGCCACUGGAAUUUGUGCCUUGAUCAGAUUCACGCUCUGUCAGUUUACAUGCAUGUAUUAUAUUCCACUCACACAGUGGUCACUUGAGAGGUUUUUGUUUUUGAGCCUUUUGAUACGAACAGAAAUUUAUUAGGGAUUAGUGCAGAAAGACAUUACCAAAUAUUAUUGAGAUCCCAUUUCAUGUUGACUAGCAGUCUUGAUCUGAAGUGUGCAUUCCUAUUCUCCUUUGUGCUAAUGUUUUUUAUUAAUGCAACUAAAACCGUCCCUUUAUUUAGUGAGUCUCCCGAUAUUUAAGUUGACUUGACUAAUCUGGUAGCUUUAAAAUCCUAAGGACCAAAAUUCAUCCAGAUAGAGAAAAUUAUCUAGAACUCUUUUUUAAUAUACCCUUGAUUAUAUGAUUUUUUUUUUCUUUUUGGUCCACAUUCGGCAGUGCUCAGGUCUUACUCCUGGCUCUGUUCUCAGCGAUCACUCCUGGCAGGGCUCGGGUGAACCUAUACAGUGCUGGGGAUAGAUGCUGGGUAGUAACUGCAAGGCAAGUGCCCUACCCAUUGUACUAUCUCUUAGGCCCGAGAUAAAAAAAUUUUUUAUCUGCUAGUUGCUUUUCACCUUUGAUUUGUAGUGGUGAAUUAUCAUGAAUUCUGACUUCCUAAAACUUGCCUGCAGGUAUUUAUAUAAAUAUUCAGGUAUGUGAGCCUUAGUUAUUAAACUAAUGAAGAAGGUAAAGUCUGAGUGUAAAUCCUAUGUACGUAAAGUGUGAAUGGGAGAUGAAAAAAAUGAGUCUUUUCUAAAAGCAUGUAAUCAAGACUUCGCUGCUUUAACACUUUACCACUCAUGUAUUUUUAUAAGUACUAAAGUAAUUCUGAGCUUUUAAAAAAUCUUUCCUAUUUUCAUAUAUCCUUGACUGAAGUUUUUGCCUCUCUCGCCAUUUCUUUUGUUCUUUCACCACUGAGUUUCAGAAAAAUUCCAGCUUGUUGUAAAAGCAACUUGCACGUGAGUGAUGUUUAUCUUUGGCUGUUGAGAUUAUUAAGAGUUUGCUUCUGAAAUUUUGAUAUAUUUUCAGGUAACCUUUCUUCCCCUGGGUUUCAUAAUUCCUUGGUAACACCUUUGCAGAUGUCAAGAUACCUAGCUUUUAAUGUCUUUUUCAUAAGCAGACGCGCAGAUUUCGGAAUGAUUGUUUAGGGUGUAGAGUUCUGCUCUUUUAAUGGUGAGGAAAGGAUGAUGUGUUUAAAAACCUCAUUGCACUAGUCGUAGUUUUUAACCAAAAAUACGAUCAUGAAAGGUUUAAUGAAAUCUUACAAUGUAGUUUGUUUAUCAUUUCUGUUGGGUCUUAGAAAGAAAUGGCCUAAUUAUGCUGGGAAAGUUCUUUUUUUGUUGGUUUUUUUCUUAUGUCUCUGGAAAAUGAGAAUUCUGAUGAAUUUUUGGAGCACUCUUCCGCUUAAUUAAUUUUAAAAGAUAUGCAUUCUGAUUUGUCUAUAACUAGUCCCGGGGAGAUUUAUAACCAAGUUGGAAAGAAUGUCUUUACCUAGAAGCUUCCCUUCGCCUCCUCUGUGGGUCAGGGACAUUGCUUAGGACUGGAGACCUUCUUAGCUGGCGUCUCUUGCGUUCCCCCUGCCGACCUGCCUUUCUGCCUUGGUGCCAGUAUCAACCCAGAGCUUCACACAUUCCAAAUUUGCGCUGAGCUGCUCCCCAGCUCUUAUUAGCACUCUUGCUUCAUUACUUUGGAUGUUUCUGACAGUGUAUGGAGCACAUUCCUGUUACCACGCAAGAGGCUCUCAAUUUUAUUUUAUUUUAUUUUUGCUUUUUUUGGGUCACACCCAGCGAUGCACAAGAGUUACUCCUGGUUCAUGCACUCAGAAAUCUCUCCUGGCAGUGCUCGGGGGACCAUAUGGGAUGUUGGGAAUCGAAUUUGGCUCUCCCUCGUGCAAGGCAAACGCCCUACCCGCUGUGCUAUUGC